ACCACAACAGAAAAUUCAAAGUUUCUUCUUUCUUUCCUUCACAGCUUCACUUCACUAUAACAUUAACACUCCUAUGCUUUUUGAGGCUUUGAGCUUCAUUCAACCUUCAAAAUCAAACCUCCAUCUUUCUCUCUCCUCCACCAUUCCCCUAAUUCCUUCAUAAAACCCUAAAAACCCUCAAUAAACCCUUUCUUCUCUCCAUUUCUCUCUCUAAGUUCGAUUCUUCCCCAAAAUGUUCUCUCCUUCUUCGCGGAAGAAAUCGACUUACAGUUCCUUGAAAGACCGAAAUGUCAACCAGCAGAAAACGCCGUUGUUCGAUUCGUCACCGAUAACUCCGGUAGCCGGUAAUCGCAAUUCCAUAAAUGACGGUUCUAUCCCUAAUCGUCCUCAAAGUGGUACUCCUGCUCCUUGGGCUUCUCGUCUAUCUGUUAUUGCCAGAAUCCCUUCGGCAAAGAAAAAUGAAAAGAUGGAAAAUGUUGAUCUACCACAGCCUGUGUAUGUUGGAGAUUUUCCACAAGCUGUUCAUGAUGAACAGACAAGUUUCCUGCGGAAUUCGGUCCCAGGUGAAGCGUGCAUUUCUGGUGGGAUGGACAAGGAAACUGGGUUGUCUUGGAUGAUUUGCGGAAGUAAACUUUUUCUAUGGAGUUACCUAUCACCUGCUGCUUCAAAGAGAUGUGUUGUUCUUGAUCUUCCAGCAGAUGUAUCUGAUAUUUGCAGUAGAAAUGCAUACCUUGGUGAUACUUGGUUGCUUUGUCUCAUCAAUUGGGACAAUGUUCACCAGAGUAGCAGUAUAGUAAAUCAGUUGACCUCAGCUGGAGUCAUAUUAUGCAAUCAAAGAAGUCGAGCUAUUGUAUACUGGCCUGAUAUAUAUUCAGAUGACGGUGCGACUCCAAGAAUCAGUCUUGCAUCUUCUGAAGAGCCAGAGAUUAUUUCUCCAAUGGGGCAUGGUAGGAGUCCUCCACGUCAACUGCAAUCAGAAAAUAGGCUUGAAAGGCUUUCGACUAAUCCGAGCUCUUUUAAUUCCUUGAUUGCAUCUACCAUCCCUUUCAAUCACCAUGCUUGUGUUGCACUUGCCACUAGUUCCAAUGGUGAACUCUGGCAAUUCAUCUGCACUCCUGCUGGAGUUCUCCGUCAAAAAGUAUGUGAUAUCCUGUCAACUUCUAUUAGUGGCUAUAGUCAUCCGUCAGGGAGUAAGGGGUAUCCAAGAUCUCUUAUAUGGCGUUUUCCAUCCCUCUUGACUGGAAAAUCUAAUAGGCAGUUUUUCGUAUUGACCGAUCAUGAAAUACAGUGUUUCAGCAUUCAACUUUCACCUAAUCCAACUUUGUUAAAAGUCUGGUGCCAUGAAAUCAUUGGCACUGAUAACGAACUAGGAAUUAAGAAGGACUUGGCUGGUCAGAAGAGAAUUUGGCCUUUGGAUAUUCAGGUCGAUGAACGUGGUAAAGAAUUAACCAUUCUUGUUGCUAUAUUUUGUAAGGAUCGUCUAAGCAGUUCAAGCUACACAGAAUAUUCUCUCUUAACUAUGCAAUAUAAAUCUGGUUUAGAUGAAACCUCAAAGGACUUUACACAGGGAAGGGUGUUAGAGAAGAAGUCCCCUAUACAGGUUAUUAUUCCAAAAGCCAGAGUAGAAGAGGAGGAAUUCUUGUUUUCAAUGAAAUUGAGAGUUGGGGGUAAGCCUUCAGGAUCAGCUAUCAUACUGUCUGGAGAUGGAACUGCGACUGUGUCUUACUUUUGGAGAAACUCAACCAGGCUUUACCAAUUUGAUCUGCCAUAUGAUGCUGGAAAAGUUAUUGAUGCUUCUGUUUUCCCUUCGACUGAUGAUACAGAGGAGGGCGCCUGGGUUGUACUGACUGAGAAAGCUGGAGUCUGGGCAAUACCAGAGAAGGCUGUAUUGUUUGGUGGAGUUGAACCUCCAGAGCGAAGCUUGUCACGCAAAGGAAGCUCAAAUGAGAAGUCUCCUGCAGAAGAAAAUAAAAACCUUCUGAAUGCAGCUGGUGUAUCUCCUGGGAAAGCUGGUCUAGAUGCUCGGGAUGUUGGUGGCAAGCAGAGAUCUGGUUUUACAGGGGUUGCAGGCAAGAAUGCUCAAGAUGAGGAAGCAGAGGCUCUACUUAAUCGUCUGUUUCAUGAUUUUCUCUUGUCAGGUCAGGUUGAUGGGUCUCUUGAAAAACUGAAAAAUGUCAGGGCAUUUGAAAGGGAUGGAGAAACUAAUGUGUUUGCUCGGGCAAGUAAAUCAAUUGUUGAUUCUCUGGCUAAGCACUGGACAACAACUAGAGGUGCUGAAAUUGUUUCCUUGGCUGUUGUUUCAAACCAACUUAUAGAGAAGCAACAGAAACAUGAAAAAUUUCUUCAGUUUUUGGCUUUGUCCAAGUGCCAUGAAGAAUUGUGUUUGGAGCAGAGACAUGCUCUCCAAAUUAUAUUGGAAGACGGUGAAAAGCUGAUUGGCAUGAUUCAGCUUAGGGAAUUACAAAAUAUGAUCAGUCAGAGCCAUUCAAGCUCCCAGCACUCAAGUGCCAAUGCAGGAGUUUCAGGCUCUUUAUGGGAUUUAAUUCAGAUUGUUGGUGAGAGAGCCCGCAGAAAUGCUGUUCUUUUGAUGGAUAGGGAUAAUGCUGAAGUGUUUUACAGUAAGAUCUCUAACUUGGAAGAGGUAUUUUAUUGCUUGGACAAGCACUUGGAUUACAUUUUAAAUGUGGGGCAGCCAUUUAAAGCUCAGGUCCAGCGAGUUUGUGAAUUGUCAAAAGCAUGUGUAACUUUGAUCCGCAGCGCUAUGCACUAUAGAAAUGAGCACCAUGUGUGGUAUCCACCUCCUGAUGGCUUGGUUCCUUGGUAUAGCCAGCCUGUUGUGCGCGAUGGGAUCUGGAGCGUCGCCUCUUUUAUGAUUAAGAUUUUAGAUGAUUCAUCUGGAAUUGAUCUGUCUAUUAAGUCAGAUAUAUGUUCCCAUCUGGAGGUGCUAGCUGACGUUGUACUAGAGGCAUACGUUGGUGCCAUCACUGCUAAAAUUGAGCGUGGGGAAGAGUAUAAAGGCCUCUCAGAUGAGUAUUCGAGAAAAAGGGAUGCACUUCUGGACUCUCUCUAUCAGCAGAUCAAGGUCUUUGUGAAUGCUAGAUUUCAGGAUUCAGGUGACGAGAAAGAACAGAAAGACAUGAUUCUUAGAGAACUGUCAUCAAAUUUGUUGUCUGUGGCAAGGCGGCAUGAAGCCUACCGAACUCUUUGGAACAUUUGCUGUGACCUCAAUGAUUCUGCCCUUCUUAAAGAUCUUAUGAAUGAAAGCAUGGGACCAAGAGGAGGGUUCAGUUAUUUUGUGUUUGAGCAAUUGAAUGAGAACGGGCAAUUUCCAAAACUUCUGAGGCUAGGGGAAGAGUUCCCUCAGGAGCUUGUCAUUUUCCUGAAGGAUCACUCAGAUCUUAUGUGGCUUCAUGAAGUUUUUCUUCAUCAAUAUUCUGGUGCUUCAAAAACUCUUCAUGGCCUGGCCCUUUCUGGAGAUGAAAUGUUUUCGGCUGCUGAAAAGGAGACAGAACUAGAUUUGAGGAAAACAGUAUAUACAUUGCCCCAGAGGAAGCGUCUUUUGCAUCUAUCAAAGAUAGCUGCGAUUGCAGGCAAAGAUGCAGACUAUGAGGCAGACAUAGAACGUAUUGAUGCAGACUUGAAAAUUUUGAAGUCACAGGAAGAUAUUUUGAAUCUAUGUCCUGAUGACAUGGAGAAGCAGAAAAUUGGACACCGACUCCUUCCUCCUUGGGAUCUUGUUAGAUUGUGCCUCAAAGGUCAAACACCAGAGCUAUUGUUAAGGGCUUUUGAUGUGUUUGCUUGGACUAGCUCCUCCUUCCGAAAUUCCAACAAAUCACUUUUAGAAGAGUGCUGGAAAAGUGCAGUUGAUCAUGAUGACUGGGAAAAACUCUAUCAUUUCUCUAUCGCGGAAGGAUGGAGCGAUGAGGACACAAUACGGGUUCUGCAGAAGACUAUGCUUUUCCAGGCAGCAAGGAGGUGUUAUGGGCAGGAAUCAGAAAUGUACGAUGGAGGCUUUGAUGAAGUGUUACCAUUGAGGCAAGAGAACACUGAGCUGCCAAGUAUGAAGGAUUCUGGUUCUUCUGUUGAAGCAAUUUUGAUGCAGCAUAAAGACUAUUCAGAUGCUGGCAAGCUAAUGCUGACCACCCUGAUGUGGGGAAGUGCGCAAGUAGACGUUGGUGGGAAAGAUGGGCCAGUUUCAAUGGAGUAGUAGGCUAGUAGCAGUUGGAUGAUUGUGAUAAUGUAGGAGAGCAGUUUUGUAUGCUGUAACUGAGGGUUAACAUAGCUUUUACUGUAUAUAAGUGAUCAUCCUUAGUCCUGAAUGGCUCUGCGGACGUACUUUUUGCUGGAAUCUAUAUAUAAAGAGAAAAGGAAUUGGAAUUAUUUUGUAGUAACCUGCACGUAAAUUCAGCCAAGUGAGAAGUUACCUAUGGAAGAAUUAUUCCUAGCAUUUAGGAUUGUACGUGAAAAUAGUUAGUUAGAUGACCUUGCAGCCUUGCGUUCCCCAAAAUGCCAAUGAGGCACCAUCUUUUUAUCACAAUGAUAUUAUGUCACUCUUAGUUGUAAUUUGAUGUGUUGUGAAACAGCUAACUUGUACCUUUUAGCAAGUUUAAUAUUUUGAGUUUUGACAUCCUUGUACAAGUACUAGAUUGUGAUUAAAACCCGAUAAUUAAGUAAAAUCACCAACUUUGAUGACA